AUGCGGCCCAAGGACCAAGUACCUGUUAACCAAAAGUCCGGUGUCAUUUACUGUAUUGACUGUCUUUGUGGGCAAGCCAAUUAUGUUGGUCAAACCGGCAAACGGGUUCUCACGAGAAUGCACCAGCAUGAACUCGUCGUGCGACCUAAGGAAAAGCUUUCCCUGGUGGCCGCCCACGCACCCACUCUAGAGCACAGCUUCGACUUCGGACGCGUGCGAAUAGUGGGUCGGUCAGACGACCGAACUUCACGCCUGCUGCAGGAAGCAUGGCAUUCACGCGUGGACUCAAUUAACAGGCAUAUCGAGCUUCCUGAUGCCUACUUUGCGUUGCGUGAGCAGACCGAGGGCAGAGCUCAAGGGCAGAGGUCAAUUCCGGCAGAACCGAGUUAA